UUAAAGAAAUAUAACAAAUUAUUAUAAAAUAUAGCAAGUUAAUGCGCGUGCGUGAAAAAUUGUAUGAAAUCUGGCAUUUCCAUAAUUCAAGAGAUGGAAGUAUAGCAGUGGAACGUUUAAGGAAAUAAAAGUACGUGAAAUUCAUUUUACUUAGGAAAUGUUAAUGAGUUUUGUUAUAUGGUUUAUAUUGUUAAGUUGAGAAAGUGUAGAAAUGUCACGAUCAAAAUCUGAAAAGAUUGGAAAUGGUAAUAAAUGUGAAUUAAGUAUAUGGACACGUGCGAUAACAGCUAAUUCCGAAUGGCCAGACAAAGAAGAAUUUUUGGAUGUUAUAUAUUGGGCUAGACAAGCAAUUGGUAUUAUAGUUGGUAUAGGAUGGGGUCUUAUACCUUUAAAAGGUUUUAUAGCUCUAUUAUUAUUUGUAUUAGUUAAUGCAGGUAUUACAUACCUGUAUUUUAGCAAUUUUCAACAAAUUGACGAAGAAGAAUUUGGUGGUAUAUGGGAAUUAACUAAAGAAGGUUUUAUGACAUCAUUUGCUGGUUUUUUGGUCACAUGGAUCAUUAUAUAUUCAGGAUUACAUUUUGAUUAAUCAUUUUUAAACUAAAAAUAUUAAUGCAUAUAAAAUAUUAAUAUUUUUCAAGAAUCAAGUAUGCAAUUUAUCUAUAUUUUGUGGAAAAUAAGUUUUUCAUAUAGAUUAUAUGUUUUGAAUUUGGUAUAUUUAAUAAACAUACAAUAGA